GCCGGCUCUCACAGCAGCCAAAAGCACUGCGUGUGACUUAUAAUAGGUGGACCGCGUGUGACCUUUGCACUGCAGAUAUACAUAUCAGAGCCUGUGACCGCGAAAACCGCAGCGCAAACGCAAAAGGACCGCUGCAGGCAGCAGUGCCAACAGCAGCACUCGCAGCAGUGCGACAGAGAUGGCGCAACAGGCCACGGUCCUCCUGCGCAACCUCCACGAGGCGUCGACGCACGCGUCGGUCGCCGCGGCGUUGGCCGAGUUCGGCCCCGUGAAGCGCGUCGACGUGAUUAGAGGUAGAGGCUUCGGCUUCGUAAAAUUCGCGACCGCCGCGGACGCGCAGAAGGCCGUGCGGGCGGGGCGCGAGAACGGCAUUGACGUCGACGGUGCUGUGGUCGAGGUGGCUUUAGCAAGGGACAAGGGCCAGAAGCAUCCUAAUGCCGUAGCAGCGCCAAUCGCCCCGUCGAACAACGAGAAGCGCGAGUCGCAGCGAAGUGUAAGGGGCCGGUCAGCGCGAGUAUUCGGCAUCCCCGUCGGCGCGUCGGACAAGGCUGUUUAUAAGCGGUUGAGGAAGCUAGAAGGUUUUGAGAAAGUGACGAGUGUCGAAGGAGCAGCAAUGCGGCCGGCGGGCGCCUUAGCAGUGGCCACAUUUUCAUCUUUACAAAAGGCGUCGCAAGCGUGCCAGCGGCUCGAUGGUGCUACGUUCAAGGGGUCGAAGCUCGCGUGCCGCCUCGAGGCGCACGUCGAUAGAUCAAAUGAACAGAAAGGUAGGUUAGUCGUGCGCAAUUUGCAUUUUAGGGCGUUGGAAGAGGACCUGUUGGAUGCGUUCAUGGCGUACGGCCCGCUGCGCGAGGCGCGCGUGCCGCGCGUCGGCGAAAAGUCGCGGGGAUUUGGCUUCGUCGAGUUCUUCUGCGAGAGCGACGCGCGGCGCGCUUUGAAGGCCGCGUCUUCUGGUAAAUUUGCGGUGAAGGGGCGGCCCGUGGCCGUGGACCAGGCGACGCCGAAGUCCGACCAUGUCGUGGCGGCGCCCGAGCCCGCCCGGCGUGAAGACGGCGCCUCGGCGUCGGGCGACGAGUCCGAGGCUGCCGAGGCGUCGGACGCCGCCGAGGAGGACAACGAAGACGCGGGUGGCGAGGAGUCUGACGCCGCCGAGGGCGACGACGACGAGGAAUCGGACGACGAGGAGGCCUCGGAAGACAAGAAGCCCGACGACGUCGCCGAGGGCCGGACGCUGUUCGUCAGGAACGUGCCCUACGGCGCCACCCGAAAAGCCCUGGCCGAGCUCUUCGCGAAGAGUGGUAGUAUAGAAAGCGUCCACGUCGUCAAGGACAAGGCCACGGGCCUGGGGAAAGGCUCGUGCUUCGUACGCUAUUCUUCGGCGGACAGCGCGACGAACGCGACGAUGGAGGCGUGGGCCCUCGACGCGCGGCCCUUGAUUGUGGCUCUAGCGGUUGAUCAGUCGACAGCAUCGAAGCUGAGAGACGAAGUCGGCCCCGCGAAAAAACGCAAGCUCGAGCACGCGUUGGUCGGAGGCGACCGGCGCCACGUGGCUCUGAGUAGAGAGGGUCUCAUCCAGAAGGGCGACCCCGCGGCCAUUGGUGUUCCGGAAAACGAUCUUAAGAAGAGAGAACGGGCGCGCCAGGAGGCGGCCACAAAAUUGAGAAAUCCAUUAUUCCACGUGAACCCGCAGCGGUUAUCCAUAAGAAACCUCGCGCCGCACGUCGACGCGGCCCUCCUGAAGGAGUUGAUCGAGGCGGCCGGCGUCUCUCCGAAGGAUGUGGGCGCGGUGCACGUGGCCCGGGACAAGGUGCCGACGGUGCCCGGUAAAAAGCCCAAACCCGGCAAGUCCAAGGGUUAUGCGUUUGCCGAGUUUUCAAGUCAUGCGUGCGCCAUGCGGGUCUUGCGGUUUGCGAACAACAACCCGGAAUUAGCGAGUUACUGCGUGCCCCGCGGCAAAAAAAUGGGGAGUGAGGUGCCGCGGCCGAUCGUGGCCUUUGUCGUCGAGGACCACCGGAAGGUGGCCCUGCGCCAGAAACGGGAGGACGACGCGAAGGCGAAGGCGACGGCGCCGUUGGACGGGCCGUCGCGCAAGGAGCGGCGGCGGGAGAAGCGCAUCGCGAACCGGCUGGAGAAGAAGCGGGCCCGGAAGGGCGCGGAAGAAGUUCCGAAGGCUCCGAGGAAGGUCGUGGACGACGGGUUGAUGCGCGACCGCGGACGACCGCGCCGUCGAGCAGGUCUUCGACGCCGCCGAGCGCAAGCGCGACAAGAAGCGGAGGAAGAAGAAGGCGCCGGAGCAGGACGUCGAGCGCGCGCAAAGGCGCGCGCAGCCGGCCUACCUCGCGUCGCUGAAGAAGGCCGUCGUCGCGGGCGAGGGCCGGUGGUUCGAGUAAACAGUUGUGUCAGUUAG